GUGUUCGGCGCGUGCGCAUCUCCUUUCUUUUUCGGAUUCCCUACGCUGCAGCUGGUAUUGAGAGUCCUCGCUAAGCCGCCGGGGCCGUCGCCAUGGUGAAGCUGAGCAAAGAGGCCAAGCAGAGGUUGCAGCAGCUUUUUAAGGGCGGCCAGUUUGCUAUCCGCUGGGGCUUUAUUCCACUCGUGAUUUACCUGGGGUUCAAGAGGGGUGCAGAUCCUGGAAUGCCUGAACCAACUGUUUUGAGAAUGAUUUCUGUUCUGAUGAGACCACCAGGAAGAAAGGCAGGGAAAGAUGAAGAGCCGAAGAGGAGGACAGAGCCUGGGAAGAGCAUGACAAGACCAUGCUGCCUCCUGUCUUGUUCCUGCCAGCCAGCCCUUUGGGAACUGCUGCCCCCUCUGCUUGCUUUACUUGACUCUGCCAUUGUGUGACCCCUGAGCCAGAUGGUCACUUCUGAGAGGUUAUCUGAAGUCAUCGAAGAGAUCCUUACAAGUCGAUUAAACUUCUGUUUGCUCCUUG